AUGUUCGCUUUUGUUGUGUUGGCAGUCCUUGCUGUUGCUUACCUACUCACCUUGACACCAUCGUUUGAUGUUCUGAAGUCCCACAUUGCUACAUUCUUUCACCGCUCCUCCGUACACCGUCCAUUCACAGUACCUGUUACUAUUCAAUCCAUGCAGUUCAACGCUUUGCUUGACACCGGCUCGGCAGUGACAUUAGUUAGCAACAAAGUUUGGUCAAGCUUGCCUGUGCGUACACCGCUAGUCAAACAGUCACUACCGGAUUUGGCUACAGUUGAUGGGUCAUCUAUUCCCUUGCAUGGAUCUGCAUGUUUAUCUUUUUCCAUUGAUGGCCGGCAAGUGUCUCACAAUGUUCUGGUUGGUGAUGUUCAGCCUGAUGUUUUGUUGGGAGUUGAUUUCUUCAGAGCCCAUGGCUGCGUUCUCAACCCUGCGGACAAUUCUCUCAAGUUCCCUACCAACUCUCCGUCUCAUGCUGAUGCCUGCAUUGAUGAUACCAGUAGUGCUCGCCACCAAGUUUGUCAUGUCCAAUUGACAACGCCUGUCGCAAUACCGCCGUUCAGCCAAGUACUCCUGCCUGGCAAGCUCCAAUUCUCUCCAGCUCCGGGUGACUAUCUCCUAGAAGCAUCUGGUAAGCUGCCCGAGCGUUAUGACCUCCUCUGUCAAGAUGCUGCCAUUCACGUGCAUGCGGAUAAUGAUGCCCCUUCUGCUACUGUUGGAUAUCCAGUUUUCAAUUUCUCCGACCAGCCGAUCACACUACCACAGGGUGUGCGGAUUGGCUCCAUCAUGCCAUGCGUUCCUGUCGACGAUGAUGCUACCCCUGAGACGUGUGCUGCCACUGCCCUUGCAGACGAUGGCUCUCCAGCACCACCGCAGUUCGAUCUCAAUCACCUGGACGGUGCCGAUCACCGUUCCGUUCAAGAUCUGCUGAGUGAGUAUGCUGAUUGUGUUUCAACAGGCCCGUUUGACACUGGCCACACGGAUGUCUUCACGCACACCAUCAACACUGCUGGUGCACCUCCUGUCCGCUUAGCACCACGACGUCUACCAAUCCACCAACAACAGGAGGUCCGUGAGCACAUUGAUAAUCUGCGUGACCAUGACAUUAUCCGUCCGUCUAACAGUCCCUGGUCUGCACCUAUUGUCGUUGUCAGGAAGCCUGACAACUCCAUUCGACUUUGUGUGGACUACCGUCAGCUUAACAACAUCACGGUGAAAGCAAGUUCCGGAAGUCAGACCUAG